AUGUCGACCCCUCUUCAAUUGAUACCACGUAACAAAUGGAUGAAUACAGGAUACAUUCGAGAGGCUCUGGAUGAUCUCGGAAUGGAUCACCUAAUUUAUUAUGGUCUUGGCGGAGGUUUGGUUUUAGCAUCCGUGGAGGUUCUCAGAGAAAAACCGAGCCAAUGUAUUGUUGCCACUAACCUCACGCUCAUAGAAUAUUUGAAAAAGCGCCACCCAAACAUUGAAGUCGAGGAAGAUCAAUAUGUGUUGAAAGCUGAUGGCGGAUUCUACCCAAUUCAAUUCAUUUUCAAAAUGCAAAUGGAGGAUUUCGACGAAAUAGCGAGAGAGCUCCGAAUUCGGAAAGCUCGCCAAUUGAAGAAGAAGGAGCAAAACAUGGGGCCUCCCCAGCCACCACCAUCCAAUCCUGAGGUGCGCCUCCUGAAAACUAAGUUCUUCCCAAAUGGACCGAACAAAGAGAAAGAGGUGGCGCGCUGGAAAAAGGAAAAGUUGUUGGCUGAAAAGAAAGAGGGUGGGCAAGAAACAAAAAAAGAGGGUGUCGUCAAAAAAAUGAGGGAGGCUACAAUAAAAGAUCGAGAGGUAAAGCAGAAGGGACCGGAAGUUUCAAGCGCUUUCGAUUCGAAAAUGAAAGAAGAACAAAAGAAACUAUGGAUUAAGCACAGUAAGUUUUGA